AUGGUUGAGCGGUUCAACCGUACCCUUGUAAACAUGUUGGCAACCAUGCUAGAUCCACAUCGUAAUCAAAGAGAUUGGGAUGAACAUGUACCAUGUGCAACCUUCGCGUAUAGAUGCACACCACAAGAAUCGACAGGGGAAACACCCAAUAUGAUGGUGCUAGGGAGAGAAGUAGCCCUCCCUCUUGAUCUAAUGCUACCCACUACUGGAGCGACGGAUAUCGAAGUGAAGACCGAUUACGUUGAGCAACGUCGGACAAGAAUUCGUGCAGCUCAACGGGCGCGACAAGUAUUGAAGCUUAGUGCACGACGACAAAAGAGGACAUAUGACCAGAAAGCGAGCAGACAGGAACUAACAGAAGGGCAGUUCGUGUGGCUGUACAAUUCAGCCAAGACAAUAGGCAAGUCUCCAAAAUUACAAUGCCGCUGGCAAGGGCCAUAUGCAGUGGUAAAGAAAUUAUCAGAGGUAACGUUCAGCAUCCAGGAAGGACCAAGGAAGAAGUGCAAGGUGGUUCAUAUCGACCGACUGAAAGUCUAUGAGGGGAAGCCUUCGCCAUACUGGGGCACAGCAAGUGAAGCUGAAGCUAGAGACGAGAGGCCGGAUAUACAAACCCCAAUUGAGAUGGUCGAAACAACACCAACUGAAAUUAACGAGUCGGCAGGCAGUAGUCAAGAGUUAGUUGACGAACCACUGGGUCCACAAAUUAAGAAGAAGUAG